GCAAUGGCACUGUUCUAUGGUGUACCUGCUGUACCAAUGUCUUCAAGUCGGUGACCAGUCGCUUCAUUAAGAACCUGGCGUGCUCAGGGAUCUGUGCGGGUCUGGUGUGUGUUCCCUUUGACGUGGCUCUAGGGGCCAGCCCUCGCUGCUGCUGGUGGCUACACACUCUGCUGCUCUGCAAGGCCCUGAAGUUCCUCCACAAACUCUUCUGCUCCGUCACCGUGCUCAGCUUCUCCGCUAUCGCUCUCGACAGGUACUACUCUGUCCUCUACCCUCUGGAGAGGAAGAUCUCAGACGCCAGAUCACGUGACCUGGUUAUCUACAUCUGGAUCCACGCCACCAUCGCCAGCGUGCCUGUGUUCGCCGUCACCAACGUUACCGACGUGUACGCUACCUUGUCAUGUUCCGACGCCCGCGCGCGCUCCUUGGGUCACAUGGUCUACGUGGUGAUCUACAACGUAACCACGGUGAUCCUCCCACUGGCGGUUGUCUUCCUGUUCAUGGUUCUGAUUCGCCGAGCCCUUAGCGCCAGCCAGAAGAAGAAGGUGAUUAUUGCAGCGUUGAGAACCCCUCAGAACUCCAUCUCUAUUCCGUACGUGUCGCAGCGCGAGGCUGAGCUACACGCUACAUUACUAGCUGUCGUUUUAGCCUUCUCGGCCUGUAGCGCCCCCUAUGGGGCGUUGGUGGUAUACCGCACUCUUCUCGGGGACGGUGAGGAAUUGUCUCCUUCUCUCUACCUCACAGCCAUCUGGCUGCCAAAGGUGUCUCUCCUCACCAACCCUCUGCUGUUUCUGACGGUGAACCGCACGGCCAGGCAGUGCCUGUUGGAUGUUUUAGCCCGGGUCCACAGACGCUACAGCCGGCGUAACGUAGUCAGCACUGGGGCCCUGGGGAUAGGGGCGAGGGGAGGGCUGGAGGGGUCGGCUCAGGCCGGGAGCCAGCUCCUGGAGAUGUUUAAUAUCGGACAGCAGCAGAUCUUUAGGCCGACCGAUGAAGAGGACGAGGAGGAGGUAGAGAAUGAGAUACCUUCGUUAGGAAACAGACCCAACCAAUCAGAGAGUGUCCUAGUGACUAAAGAACCUCCUCUCAUAUUGCCCAAAGUCUCCCCUGCCCCUGUCCACGCCUGCUCUUACACCUCCUCAUCACAGGUGGCGCCAGCGACCCCCACGGAGCCCGACAACCCCACCCAGUUUGGGUUCGGUCCAUUCGAGCUGCCGCCCCAGUGGCUGCCGGAGACCAGGAACAGUAAAAAGAGGCUCCUCCCACCGCUAGGGAACACCCCAGAGGAACUGAUCCAGACCAAACAGCCACGCCCACGGCCAGAACGACGAAUCAGCAGGAACAACAAGGUCAGCAACUUUCCCGUUGUCGACCCUUAAACUACCCUGUCCGUUGACCUUUGAACCUAUGAUCCCUGAUGACAGCUAUGGCUGGAGGUCAGCCAGAGGAGUAUUCCACUGACGGAGCGUAAUGAGAACAGCAAUACACCUUUUCCUUUUUCUAUCAAGUUUUUGAUACAUUUUAUGUCAAUGACUCUGGAUACAAAGUCAAUGGAGGAAUCUGACCAACCACCUGACCAACCACCGGACCAACCACCUGACCAGUCACCUGACCAACCACCUGACCAACCACCGGACCAACCACCUGACCAGUCACCUGACCAACCACCUGACCA